AGAAGUAAAAACAAGAAUGAAAACACGAGACUGACAAGGUGCAAUAACACUCUGAUGUUUUUCGCCCAUCUUUUUUCGUCCAGUUGAACUUCGUCUGUGACAGACAGAUCCUAACAGCUUACGCAAACAUCGGUACAAUGUCGGGCUCGAUGGCCGGUUCUCUUAUCAGUGGAGUCAUUGCAGACAGGAUACUACCAGAAUCUCCCCGGUGGCUUCUGGACAAACAACGCUAUACUGAAGCCAGCAAAGUGCUGAAGAAGAUCGCCGAAGUGAACAAGGCGAGUGAGGUGGACGACAAGAUGCUUGUAGCUCUAUGCGAGCAGAGUGCUGAGGAAGGGAAAACAAACGUUCAAGAGGAGAAUUUUGGACUGCUUUUGAAAUCACGAACAAUGGUAAUUCGGCUUGCCAUACUCUGUGUAAACUGGUGUGUGUGCACCAUGGUUUAUUACGGGCUGACGCUAAACGUUGGAGCGAUCAUUGAAGGAGAUCUGUACGUCAACUUCUUCAUCAUGUCAGUCAUGGAGCUAUUUGCCUACGCUUUAUGCACGGUGACCCUGGAUAAACUUGGGAGGAAGAAAGUGUACUGUACCUGCCUUAUCGUCAGUGGGUUGUCGUGCUUGGGGACAAUGAUCCCUAUACUUGUCGACAGCAGUAAGUGGCCUAAUCAUCAUCAAAGCGUGCCAGAUCUGCGACACACAUCGGGGAUCAUGGUUCCCUAUUCAUUUCCUUUUAAUUAA